UAGAAAACAUCAAAGCUGAGGUCAAACUGCAGUAACGAUGGACAUCAAGGAAGCUGUGUUUGGGACAAAAAGAAAUCAAGAUAAGCAACAUGAACCGUGAAGACCGGAAUGUGCUGCGCAUGAAAGAACGGGAAAGGCGGAAUCAGGAAAUUCAGCAGGGUGAAGACGCCUUCCCACCUAGUUCUCCUCUGUUUGCUGAGCCGUACAAAGUUACUAGCAAAGAAGAUAAGUUAUCAAGUCGUAUUCAGAGUAUGCUUGGAAACUACGAUGAGAUGAAGGAUUACAUAGGAGACAGAUCUAUACCAAAGCUUGUUGCAAUUCCCAAGCCUGCAGUACCAACGACGACAGAUGAAAAAGCAAACCCAAAUUUUUUUGAACAGAGACAUGGAGGCUCUCAUCAGAGUAACAAAUGGACUCCUGUAGGACCUGCACCCAGCACUUCUCAGUCUCAGAAACGGUCCUCUGGCUUGCAGAGUGGACACAGUAGCCAGCGGACCAGUGCAGGUGGUAGUGGCACUAGCAGCAGUAGCCAGAGGCAUGAGCGUGACUCAUAUAGCAGUAGUCGGAAAAAAGGCCAGCAUGGGUCAGAGCACUCCAAAUCACGAUCCUCAAGCCCUGGAAAACCCCAGGCUGUUUCUUCAUUAAGUUCUAGUCAUUCCAGGUCUCAUGGGACUGAUCACCAUAGCAAGGAACAUCAGCGCUCCAAAUCACCUCGGGACCCUGAUGCCAGCUGGGAUUCUCCUUCCCGAGUCCCUUUUUCAAGUGGGCAGCAUUCAAAUCAGUCUUUCCCACCUUCUUUGAUGUCAAAAUCUAGUUCAAUGUUACAGAAACCCACUGCCUACGUACGGCCCAUGGAUGGACAGGAGUCUGUGGAACCAAAGCUGUCCUCUGAGCACUACAGCAGUCAGUCUCAUGGUAAUAACAUGACUGAGCUGAAGCCCAGCAGCAAAGCACAUCUCACCAAGCUGAAAAUACCUUCCCGACCUUUGGAUGCAUCAGUUUCAGGUGAUGUAAGCUGUGUGGAUGAAAUACUUAAAGAGAUGACGCAUUCAUGGCCUCCCCCUCUAACGGCUAUUCAUACACCAUGCAAAACAGAACCUUCUAAAUUUCCUUUUCCAACUAAGGAGUCUCAGCAAUCUAACUUUGGCCCUGGAGAACAAAAAAGAUACAAUGCUUCUGCUAAAUCAUCAAAUGGACACCAGUCAAAAUCUAUGUUAAAGGAUGACUUAAAACUCAGCAGCAGUGAAGACAGUGAUGGGGAACAGGAUUGUGAUAAGACAAUGCCAAGAAGUACACCAGGAAGUAACUCUGAACCUUCACAUCAUAAUAGUGAGGGAGCAGAUAACUCCAGGGAUGACUCGAGCAGCCACAGUGGAUCUGAAAGCAGCUCCGGCUCUGACUCGGAGAGUGAAAGUAGCUCCAGUGACAGUGAGGCAAAUGAGCCAUCACAGAAUGCAUCUCCUGAGCCUGAACCACCCCCAACAAACAAAUGGCAACUUGAUAAUUGGUUGAACAAAGUGAACCCACAUAAAGUGUCCCCAGCUUCUUCUGUAGACAGUAACAUCCCAUCGUCUCAAGCAUACAAAAAAGAAGGCCGAGAACAGGGUGCUGGAAAUAACUACACUGAUCCUGGAGGGCCAAAAGAAUCAAGUUCUGCUACUCCAGGACGAGACUCUAAAACCAUCCAAAAGGGAUCAGAAAGUGGACGUGGGAGGCAAAAGUCUCCUGCACAGAGUGACAGCACCGCACAGAGGAGAACUGUAGGCAAAAAACAACCCAAAAAAACUGAGAAGUCAGCUGCUGAAGAGCCCCGUGGAGGACUGAAGAUAGAAAGUGAAACCCCUGUAGACAUGGCCACUAGCAUGCCCUCCAGCAGGCACAAAGCAGCCACCAAGGGCUCAAGGAAACCCAACAUCAAAAAGGAGUCGAAAUCUUCUCCUCGACCUACAGCAGAAAAAAAGAAAUACAAGUCAUCGAGUAAAUCCUCCCAGAAAUCUCGGGAAAUCAUAGAAACAGAUACCUCGUCGUCAGAGUCAGAUGAGAGUGAGAGCCCCCCUCCUUCCUCACAGACUCCUAAGUACCCCGAAAGCAAUAGGACUCCUGUCAAGCCCUCCUCCGUGGAGGAAGAAGAUAGCUUUUUUCGGCAACGAAUGUUCUCUCCUAUGGAAGAGAAGGAGCUCCUUUCCCCACUCAGUGAGCCCGAUGACAGGUAUCCACUUAUUGUGAAGAUUGACCUGAAUCUCUUGACUAGGAUACCGGGAAAGCCUUACAAAGAAACAGAACCACCCAAGGGGGAAAAGAAAAAUGUGCCAGAAAAACAUGUGAGAGAGGUGCAGAAGCAAACCUCAGAAAAGGCUUCCAACAAAGGCAAGAGGAAACACAAGAAUGAUGAUGAUAACCGAGCCAGUGAGAGCAAAAAACCCAAAACGGAGGACAAGAACUCAUCAAGCCACAAGCCAUCCAGCAACAGAGAGUCAUCUAAGCAGAGUAGUACAAAAGAAAAGGACUUGCUACCUUCACCUGCUGGGCCUGUUCCUUCAAAAGAUUCAAAACCAGAGCAUGGCUCUCGGAAGAGGACUGUCAGUCAGUCUUCUUCCUUAAAAUCCAGCAGUACCAACAACAAGGAGAAUAGCAGCAGCAGCAAGAAUAGUUCUUCCACUUCAAAGCAGAAGAAGACUGAAGGGAAGGUUUCCAGCAGCUCCAAAGAGACCAAGGAAAAGGCUCCAAGUAGCUCCUCUAAUUGUCCUCCAUCUACACCAACUCCUGAUUCUUCGAAGCCUCGGAGAACAAAGCUUGCCUUUGAUGACAGAAAUUAUUCAGCAGACCAUUAUUUACAAGAAGCAAAAAAACUCAAACACAAUGCAGAUGCUUUGUCUGAUAGGUUUGAGAAAGCAGUUUACUACCUUGAUGCUGUAGUGUCUUUCAUUGAGUGUGGGAAUGCAUUAGAGAAGAACGCUCAGGAAUCCAAGUCCCCAUUCCCUAUGUACUCAGACACAGUGGAGCUCAUCAAAUACACUAUGAAACUGAAGAAUUAUUUGGCACCAGAUGCUACAGCUGCAGACAAGAGACUCACAGUACUUUGCCUGAGAUGCCAGUCAUUGCUGUACCUGAGGCUGUUCAAAUUGAAGAAGGAGAAUGCUCUAAAGUACUCCAAGACACUGACUGAGCACCUGAAGAAUUCUUACAGUAAUUCUCAAGCACCUUCACCUGGCUUAGGGAGCAAAGCUGUUGGGAUGCCUUCCCCUGUUUCUCCAAAGCUGUCACCAGGCAAUUCUGGAAGUUACUCUUCUGGGGGCAGUAGUGCUUCAGCAAGUGGUUCUUCAGUGACCAUUCCACAGAAGAUCCACCAGAUGGCAGCAAGCUACGUCCAAGUCACAUCUAACUUCCUCUAUGCCACUGAAAUCUGGGACCAAGCUGAACAGCUUUCCAAAGAACAAAAAGAAUUCUUUGCUGAACUGGACAAAGUGAUGGGCCCUCUCAUCUUUAAUGCAAGCAUCAUGACAGAUCUGGCUCGUUACACCCGGCAGGGACUACAUUGGCUUCGGCAGGAUGCCAAGUUGAUACCUUGAACUGAACAUAUUCUCGUUGCCUCUGAUUUUCUUCCACAACACUGUGUCACAUCACAAAGGAAAACUGCCAUAACACACCACCUAGUCGACACUAAGAAUGAGGAAUGGUUUUCUCCUUUUUGGUUUAUGUUGUUGUUUAUUAUAACCCAAAGCCAUCAUAUCAACUGACCCUUUCAAUAUUCCCAAUGUGACAAGUAUUUAAAUGCUUCUAAGCCUGCAGUACAUCAGUAAGAUGGCUUCAGUAAUUGGAAUUCCAGUUACAAUUCAUAAAUAAUCAAGUAAAGUUCUAUUUAUUUUCAUUUUUUUCAAGUUCCCAAAUUGGAGCUUGUUUAAAGCUUAGUUAUUCCUGCCUAUGAAUUUAUUCUGUUGAAUAUUUAGCAUAAAUUUAAUGUAGGCAUUUUAUUUAUAUAUUUGGGGAGCUGUGUUACUUAAUGUCUUUUAAGAAAAGAGUUGGCUUGUCCAAGACAGGACAUGUUUUUCUACAGCUAUUACCUGAUGUUAUUUCAAGUCUUACUACAGUUUUAUUAUUGUUGGAUUUAUGCUUGGUAUUAAGGAUGCUCUUCCACAUGUAAAGUGGGAAAGUCACUUAAACAUGAGAAGAUGGCAUUCUACAAGGGUGCAAAAAUGAAGUGGGUCUGGUUUGGUGUGCAUUAUUUCAAAACUGUGAAUGUGUGUUAGAAACACUAGCAAUCACAAGGUGACUACAUUGCAUCUAAUGCAUUACAAAAAAGCAGAUAGACUUGCUGGGACAAGCACAUCAUACUGAAUGGCUUCAUAAAGGACAAUCUUAAACUGGGUUUAUUAAAACCUUUUAUUCUUUUUUUGUUUUGUUUUGUUUUACUCAUUUGACACUUAAUUGAAGCAGAGUAAGUUACUUCUAAAAACAACAGAAAAUGGUGAUCCAGUUUCUGAAGGUUGCAGCCUGUUUCAUUGGUAAUGUUUGAAGGUUGAAGUCUGCAGAUCUCCCCUAUGGUGGAGAGAUUAUGAUGCUCAGAUAUGACCAUGUAGUAAUUGGAGCUUGGAAAGAGGUGUCCCAAUGUCUAAUGUGGAGAUGAUGAAUUUCUCUUUCCAAAGAUCCUCCUCAAUGAUGUAUGCUUUUGACAGGAUCAGAAAUCUCAUAUAGGCAUGGUUGUGCAUGCCUAUAAUCCCAGCACUGGGUAGUGGUGACAGGAGGAUCAGGAGUUCAGGGUCAUCCUUAGGCUGCAUAAAGCUAGACAGUGAGUUUGAGACUAGCCUGAGCUACAUGAGACCUUGUCACAUUAAAAACAGAAAGAAAAAAAAAAAUCAUAUAGAGAAGACCUAACUUGGCUCAGUCUGAGCUCUCUUGGAAAGGGGAGAAUAAUAUAGGGAUAGUGCUUAGGAAGCCAGCUCUGUAACAAUUCCUUAUCAAACUACUGUUCCCAACAAGGUGCGUAUAGCAGUGAAGGAUGAGGAAUGUCUCUCUUCCUCUAUACUUCUUUUUAGUGACCCCAUCAUGUCUGGUGUGCCUUAAAUCUUAACUUAAAUGAUAACUCUAUGGAUUGUUUACAGAUAAAGUUUUAUGCUGGGACCAGAUUAGCCAUGCAUGGUUGGUCCUCUACAAUAAUAAUUUUAAAUUCUCUUUGAUUUUAAAUCUUGCUUUAGAGUCACAUUAAGAUAGAUUCCUUCAGGAAAGCUAAUGUACCUGACUUAGUAUAAUCAAUUGGGUAUAAUGCUGCUUCAGAAGAUGGCUUUUCCUUCUAUUCCAAAAUUCCAUCUAAUUGGGGAGAAAAAGUCCCCAUUAAUAAUAGGGGAUUAUUAAGAUUUGAAAUGGGAAAGGGGACGAGGGAUAGAAAAUCUUCACAUCCCUCUCCUAGUCUCUCUCACCACCUAGUUCUGAAGAUAGUGAACUUUGCAGUCUCAUAUUUACAGAGCUUAACUGCUUUGUACCUCAUUAUUUUUACAUACCAUUGAGGGUUGUUAUCUAUAGCUUAUGCUGAAUUUAACAUUUUUUCCCUUGGAGAAAUUGCCUCUGAUACCUUUCUAAUUUAAUUGUAGUGUAUUUAAGGACUAAUUUUUCCUCAGAGGCCACUGUCUCCUCUCUUGUGCUAGUAACUUACAUGGUCUAACAGUUGUGUGUCCUGUCCUUGCCUCUUCUUUCUCACUCUGACUCCUUAACUUGAGGGAGGUCUUAGAAGUGGAACAAGUACCCUCUGGGCUUUUAGACUCCAGCAGAUGCAGUGCUGGCUUCUGCUUUCCAGCUCUGGGCCCUGUGUCCUGCAAGGCGGCCAGCACACUCUGGAGUGACACUGGUAUGUUAAAGCAGAGUUUCUACAUGUUUUAUGGUGCUGCUUUAAGAUAUUUUCUCUUUAAAACUGUCAAUUCUUGGAGAAUGAAAUUGUUAAGCCUUUCAUUGUGGAGGAUUUUCCCCACCAAGUAGAAAUGGGCAAUGGAUCAAAAUCUGAUCCUAAGUGAUUGAAUUUUUGAUGUCAUAGUGUGUGAGAAUACACUCUCUUCUGUGUGACUUUUCUCAAACAUUUUGUCUCAGCUAUGUCCAGCACAUACCUUGACUCCUUUACAAGUGACCAUUCCUCCCUUCUCAGUAGGCACCCUCAGUGGGUUUUAGCCAUUUAAAACUGAUUUGACAAGUGGCUACAAACUUAGUCUGAAACUUCUAGUCAAUGUAUAGUUAGUAAUAGAAAUAGCAACUAUCUUUAAUGCUCAGUUCACUGCUCUUAAUUAAGAUCACACUCCUAUGCUAGGAGGCAGCAGCGUGCACCAUUAGACUCUAGACAGGCAUCCCACACAAUUGCAGUGAUGGAGCUGUCUCAGUAGUCCUGCCUGGGAGAGGCUGGGCUGUGGGGAGCACUCCCCUCUGGGCAUUCAAGAUUACACAGCCUAAGCCCAUGCCCCCUUCUGGCUGGAGAGCACCCAGCCCUUUCUUUCCUUGCUCAGUGACACCUUUUUCUGGGCAAGAAGCUAUGAAGUCACUUUAUUAUCAGUGAGUCUUCAAAUAUAUUCACAGAUACAGCUGCUGAAGGGAGAAGAUUGACCACUACUGAUUUAAUUCUCCAAUAUAAAAGCAAUUCAGAGUAAUGUGUGCACGCACCCAUACUUGCCCGUUUUUCUGGGAAGCUCUUACACCAGGGAUUUAUAGGCAUCUGGGCUGCACUUUGAAUGACACACUUGUGGCUUUAAAGUAGCUGUUGGUUUUGUUGUUGUUGUUGUGUUUUGUUUUGUUUUUAAAUUGUUCUUUGUUUCUUUUCAUUAAAGAGUAAAUCAGCUAGAUUAGGCAGCAUCAUUUGUAUUUAACUGCUGAAACUUUGGUACAUUGAUGUUUAAUGAAUGAGCUUGCAUUAUGUAGCCAGGGCCUACAAAGAUUUUUGUCAGAAGUACUAGCACUGCCUGAGGCCAGUGCUCAGAGGAGUUUGUAGUACAGCCAGUGAUAGUUCAGUUAGAUGAUGCCUAGCUCACUUGAGAAGGGGGAUGCUGUGCACUCUUCUAGGUCUGAGGGUAUGCAACUUUGGAUCUUAAAAUUAUGUACACAUACACACUUUAUAUAUAUGUACGUAUGUAUGUAUGAAAACAUGGGAUUAGUUUGUCAAAAUGUGUGUGUUUAGUAUUUUAGCUUAGUGCAACUAUUUCCACAUUAUUUAUUAAAUUGAUCUAAGACACUUUGUUCUUGGCACCUUGAAUAUUUACAUUCAAGGGUGUACUGUGUUAUUCCUUUAGAUUGUUAAAGCUUAAUUACUAUGAUUUGUAGUAAAUUAACUUUUGAAAUAUAUUUGAGCCCUUCUUCUGUAGUGUAAUAGGGCUCUUACAGGGUGGGAAAGAUUUUAAUUUUCCAAUAGCUAAUUGAACAGAAUGGCUUCAUUGUAUACUUUGAUUUAUAGGAGUCUAUAGGUGUCUGGCUCCCAAGGACAUCUACUGAGGAUGACUGUUGUAGGCCAGAUGUGGUGAUGGUUAGACUAAACCUAAGUGACUUGGGGAGCCAGAGCACCUUGUUCAAGUCUGUAGACUCCUAUAACUCAUAUUCCCCUAGGAUGUGGAACACAAAUCCCAUCCAUCUUCACAUCUCAGUUGGAGAGGCAGACUUCUUUCCCAGUAGUAUUGCACACCUAGUGUUGCUGUGAGUAAAAUCAGCAGAAAUAAUAAUGAGUGAAUGUCUGGGAAGAUGCACUGAUGAGGCUCAGUUGUCACAUCUGUGAAUGUAACUUUCACAUACUUACCAGUGGAGGCAUUCAGCUUCGACUUUCAGACCCUGAAACCAAGCCAGCAAGUAACAGAAGUCCUUAAGGUUAGAGAAGGCCAGGAGUGCUGCUGCAUACCCUGAGGUAAAUAAAGGUCAGCCUUUGCGGGGCAGUAAGCCUGAGCUACUGAGACCCACUCUCCAAGAGAUCAAUAAAUGUAAAAGUUAUUUGGUGAACCAGGUGUGGUGGUGCAUGCUUUAAUUCUAGCACUCGGAUUGUUUGUUGAGUCCAGCAUGCACUACAUAGAGAGACCUGUGAGAAAAGCAAGGUAACAGGAUACUGGUCUGCGGAACUCGUGUUCACAUGAACCCAUGGUUAGUUAAAAAGAACUUGCUGUCUUCAAGCAGGGGAUGAAAACAGAAGCUACACUUGUCUUGUAGAUGGGAUUUAGAACAAGGUGUCAACUAAGUCAGAGUUUCAGCUUAAAUGGCUAAUUUUUAAGCAGUUCAUUUUCAGGAUUGUCCGCAUGCGCCUCUCCUUGCUGCCAUUGCUCAGCUAAGCAGGAAUCAUCAUCCAUAAACCCGGAGAAAGCGCUCAAGUGAGCGUGGAUAAGCUCCCACCCAGAAAUCCUACUAGUACUUGGCUUUGACCUUGCUGCUUCUGUGUUAGGUUUCUUCUCAGCUUUUAGCCACUGGGUUUUCUGCCUAUUCUGUACCUCUCUGGAAGACAUCAGUUUGGAAGUGCUGUCUUUCAAACCAAUGCCAUGACUUCUGUAUUGUUGAGCUUACUGUUGUCUCAGAGGUGUCCCCAUUAUGCACACACCUGGCACAUCACUGACAUGAGCAUUCAACAGUACUGAGGUGAGGUAGGGCUCACCAACAGCGCUGGCUUACUUAGCAGGGCCUGCAAAGGCCACACUUGAGGCAGACGCCCAGUUGGUAAGCACAGUUAGGGAAAUUUCUACCUAGCCUCUGUUUUGAAUGAUUUUGAGAAGUUUUAUAUAUGGAGGAUGGAAAUGCUUAUAUAUUUAUUGAAGAUCUUUUUAUUUGAAAUUAAAAUCAUUUGGAAAUUAAUGGUUUGCUAUUUGGGGAGGGUUUUGGAGGGGAAGUAACACGAUUGAUAGUACAGGCCUGUUGCCUCUGCAGAAAGGCACUGUUGCUGAUAGGAGGCCUUCAUCUUGUACAUGAUCCACUCUCUUUGUCUGACGUUUCUUUUAUUCAAAACAUCUAGGCAUCUGACACUUUCAACCAAAAUUUCAAUUAUAUACUGUGAUUUUUAUUUGUUGCAAUACAUUAAAUUUCAGAGGUACUUUGGGGCUCAAAAGCUAGGAUUUCUAAGUCAGUAUGUGCAUUUCAUAUAAUAAGCUGUUAAUGGUGAGCAAAGUAUUAUAUACUAACUAGAUUUUCCACAUCUGUAUAGUAUAUUAUAUGUAUUUUGUGGUAUUGAGAUUAUAGAAAGUUUAGAGUGUCAAACAUGCGUUUAAUGUGUAUUUUUAAACAAAUUUAUGGCAAUUAAAAUAUUUGGAGACAAGGGUAUCACAUUUCAAUUUGUAAAACUCUUUUUAACUCUACUGUGUCAUUAUGAUGCUUUGUAUAAUGCCAAACCAUAGCUGGAGAAACUACGUUUAAUAAAUAUCAGAUAGCUUUUCUGUAUAAUGUU